GCAUGCCCAGAGUUGACGAUUUUCAUAGAGCAUUUUUGCCCCAAAUCGUUGUUACGCUGAAAUAAUCGAAGGAAGGAUUCAGCGAUUAGAAAAAGCCGAGGUUUAAGUGAGAGCCUGGUUUGGUCAAGAACGAUGUCCUCUCCAAGUGGGGCAUUUACUUCGCGGAGCUCUUGCAGUUGAAUUUGGAGCUAUGGAGGCUUUGGCAAUCGUGCAGCCUCAAGGUAAGUCGAUUCUCCAAGGCCGGGCAUACUCUCCACCUCUUUCUCCAAGAGUGAGCUCUAUUUCGCACGUCUGCGAAGGUCGUCGAAUUCAUUUAAAGCAUGGCGUGUUUGGAGUGCCUUCCCGCUUAACUGUCCGUGGAGCAGGAUUGGUGCGGUCCGCUGUGGAGGGAAACUCAUCCUCUACGGUUCCAACUGAAGCACAAGACCUUGUUCCAUAUGUCCCAGGGCCGUUGGACGAUAUUUUCUUAAAGAUUUUCAGGAGUAAAAUGGCUGAGGAAGUCGGCUGGGAUUCUCCAAAACCUGGUUACGAUGGGCUGGUCGACAUAGCAAAGAAGCUCCUCUUGCAGUACCGCUCUGGUGAAGAAACUGAGCGAGCUACGGUCAGAGUGUUGAGGUCAUUGUUCCCAUCGUGGUUGUUGCCGUUGUUCAAACAAAUCGUAGCUCCAUUCGGUGAUGGCAAGCCGGCUGCAAUGCUGUGUGCGCAAGUGACUAUUGCUACCUGCCAGUGGUUGAUGGGAAAAUGCACUAUUACUGAAGUGGAGCUUGCAGAUGGUUCAAAAAUUCCGAGUGGGGUGCUGGUGCAGAAAUGCAAGUAUCUUGACGAAACAAAGUGUGCAGGCAUCUGCAUCCACACAUGCAAGCUUCCUACUCAGGCUUUCAUGAACGGAGACAUGGGAGUGCGUUUAACUAUGGAACCCAACUAUGAGAAUUUCAGCUGCCAGUUCAAUUUUGGUGUUGACCCCCCUCCAGCAGCCGAGGACCCAGCUUUGAAAACUCCUUGCCUCGCUGUUUGCCCUACUGCUGCAUCAAGGGGAAGCAUUAGAGGCGUUCCUAUAGAGUCACAAUGUCCUCAGGUUGAGGCGAAUGUCUGAAGCGAAAUACUCUGUUUCAGGGCAUGCAUCAUCAGUAUUUGCGCUAACGCAGCAACUGGUUGAUUUGGUCUGCAAUCCAUCGUUUAUUAUACAACAUCAGCAACUUGGAGGAAGUGGUUCAUGGAAAAAUACAAGCCUGCCUACAUUUGUGAAGAUGCAACAUCAAGCUGUUCCACAUUUACAAGAACCUAACUGGUUAAUGUACUAGUGCUUUCACGUAGAGAACUACUGUAGUUUAAACAAAGUGUGCUUUAUUUUAUUCUUUUCUUUUCUUCUGUAUUUGGUAUUUGGUAUUUUGCAGAGCCUUACUGAAUGUGGUAGGCGGAGUAAGAUCGCAAUUGAUUUGAGGGAAAAUAUCAUAUGUACCCCUGAAAUAUGUUGAAAUAUCAAAUAUACCCCUCAAUUUUGUGAUAAUUGCAAAUCAA